ACAUACUGAGUAAAUGCCAGAGCUAGGCACUAUUGAGGAGAGGUUUGAGAAAGGCUGUUGCAAGUGAACGUAUAACUGUUCAUUUUUAUUGCCUCUUGAAUAGGACAAAAUGAAGAUUUUAUUCCUCUCAGUACUUCUUGCCUAUUUUGUUGCCCCAGGUACUGCCUUGAAGUGUUUCCGAUGUGUCGUCCAUCCAUCUCUGUGUUUCUUCAAGGAAACCUGCAAAGAUAAUGAGCGAUGUUACUCUGGAAAUUCCACUGUAGGUGAUGUAACUAUUUACCGCUCUGGAUGCAUAGAGAAGGAAAAGUGUGGGAAAACAUUAAGUGAAACACAGCUUAAUGUAAAGCAUACACUGAUUGCAGAAUGUUGUGAUUUCGAUAACUGCAACGGUGCCACGGCCGCUCAACUAUCCGUACUGGCUAUCUCUGUCAUGGUUCUUGUCUGGUUUGUGGGAUUCCAAUAGAUCAGUGUAACUCCUUCAAAAGACUAAUAUUCCUUCAUUUUACAUUCAGUUGUCCAUAAUAAUGGCAGCAUUUGCAUAAAGUUUAUCUUUUCUUUGUGUUUUUUUGUUUGCAUCCUGCGACUUGUAUUUUAAAUGGGGCAGAUUGGUACACAGUCGAGGGUGCUGGAUAAGGUGUUAAGGGGGUGGCAUUGCCCAUUACUAGUUCUCUUUCCUUGAAGUUUUAAUGAAAAUUGGGGAGGUUCCUGUAUAUUUCAGGUAACAGUCACAUCGUACAAUCAGAUAAAAAGGGUGUUGUCUUUAUGCUGAUGAAUUCUGUGUUCAGAAACCCACACUGUGCCCCAGAAUAAAUGAAGCCUUUAGCACUUUGUGGUGAUUAUUCAGAUAAUCCUGGCCUGCUGUGGUGAACUUUCAUUCCCCAUUUUUAUUUUUGUCGCUCAUUUACUCCAGUUUUACAAUUUUAUAUACAAUUAGAUUUCUAAUGUACCUCUUUUAAAUGCAUGCUUUAAUUGUCAGUGCGAAACAAUUGCUGCUUUUUAAAAAUAUUCUAGAUUUCUGUGAUGCUGAAUAACUGAUCUGAAUAUGUAAUUGCCAUGGGUACUUGCAGAUUGCUUGAAAAGAAGGUGUCAAAUUUUGGGAAUAAAAUGAAUGUUGACAGAGAUUUUCAUGAUAAAAGUAUGAAUUACAAUGAUUUGUGUAAAUUUAAAAAUGACUAUUAAAACAUUUUAAACCUCA